AUGCCACCGCGAGGAUUCACAAAUCCCGCCCCAAAGACAGAAUCCGCCCGAUCAGCACUAAGCUCAUUUACCUGUACCCUCUGCUCAAAGUCCUACUCCCGCCACCCAGAAUACGAAGCCCACAUCGGCUCCUACGACCACCAACACCGAAAACGCCUCCAAGAUCUAAAACAACUUUCCCGCGACCCCAAUGCUGCGGAGAAAGCACGGCGCGCGGAGAGGAAGGCUGAUGCCGAGGCUGGAUUGAGGGUUAUUGAUACGCCCACACCCACAACCACCACCGGCGGAGGAGCCGGGGGUGGAGGUGGAGCUGAAGCUGUUUCUUUUGCGCAGAAGGCGAAAGCGAAAUCUGGCGCUGGCGGGGGCGGGUUUAAGAAAGGUGGGUUUAAGAGUUCGUUCGCGUCAGUUAAGGGGUCUUCUGCAACGGGAUCGGGAUCGGGAACGGGAUCGGGACCGGUUAAGAGGAAUGUUCUCGGUGAUGAUGGGGAUGAUGAUGGGAAUAUGAAUACCGAAGCCGGGAUUGAUGGGCAGACUGGAAAAGAGGCUGUGAAAGCUGCGCCUACGGCUACGGCUACGACUACAGGGUCCAAACUCGUUCGCGAUGAUGUCGAGAGCGAUACUGAUGAGGAGUAUGCGCGGGAUCUGGAUGGUGGGGGGUAUUAUGAUCCGAGACGGCCGACAGGGUGUUUUGGUGAUUGUGGAGGUGUGGGUGUGAGUGGGAAAGAGGUUAAGGCUCUGUCAUGA